UGGCGUGCUUGUUGGCGUUCCCAGGGCGUCGACUCGACGCAGAAGCCUUAACUGGGCUGAAGCCUGCGAGACGUUGUCAGUACGACUUGAGCCGUCACGACACGGCUUUUUCCCUGGACCUGGACUCUGGCAGGUCGGACUCGCCUGCUGAGAACGCUGCCGUUGUCCGGACCCCCUGGACGGUGGAGAAGGAAGACGAGUUUUUGGAACUGUGGCGGCAGCACGAGUGUCUGUACAGCGUGUCUGCGGACAAAUGUUACGACAGGAUGGAGAGGGAAAAGAAAUGGGCUGAAAUCGCUACUGCUUUGGAACUCCCAGUUGACGAUGUGAAGACGAGGGCCAGCUCACUACGAACGCAGUAUUCCAGACUGGUGAAACCGCAGGGCUCUGGGAGGAAAAGGAAACCCAUGACGGUGAGGCAGAGGAAGAUCCUGGCAUCCUGUGAAUUCCUCAAAAAACACAUCAGCCAUCGCUCCUCUGAAAGCAACCUCGAACAAUCGAUAAAUGGUGCGUUGAGGACACGGCAGGACAGCAGUGACAGUGAGCCAGAGAACACAGCUCUGUCCCGGGACCUUGACGGAGGGGUGCCACCCUCACCCACUGACAGCUCCUCUGUUUCUCCUCCUCCUCCUCAGCAUGCCAGAAAACAUCCUAAAAACCCAAACAGCGAUGACAUGGAGAGACAGAAACUUGCCCUGCCACAGCACAUGAUUGAUGUAACUCAGGAGACAAGCAGAGCACCAGAGAGAGACUGUGAGGACUCGUUUGGCGUCACUGUCGCAAUGGAACUGAAGAGGAUACGAAACCCCAUACUGAGGAACAGGGUCAAAAGACAGAUAAUGACCAUCCUGUAUGACACUCUUGACUCUGAGCAGGCGACGGAUCCGGUCUCAUACCAGCCCCCGCACAGUUUCCCAAGGGAAGAAUCCCACUCCAUAACCGUAGUCAUACCUUAACAUCUCACCUGUAAGUCUUUAUGCUAGGCAAAGCUAACGGGCUACUAGCUGUAGCUUUAUAAUUAACACAGAGACCUGAAAGGGAUAUUGAUCUACUUAAAUAACUCUCGGCAAGAGCUUGACAUUGUGUUGUGUAUUUCCCAGAAUGUUAAAUUAUCCCUUAAACUCUCUGGACAUAUUUUCAAAACACUGAAAAGAGUGACAAUGUUGAGUCUUCUGUGUGUCUGUAAUGGACAGAAUACCUACAAUAAAAUCAAGUAAUGGUAUUAAGAAGAUCAUUUACUAGAUAAAAUUAAGGUUUUGACAAGGAUUUUGAUGGUUGUUUUCCAUCCGUCCCAAAGGGUGAAAAACAGAUUCAUUUGAUAUAGAUUUCUAAAAAGUAGCCUGCCUCCUAACUGUUGAAAUAUGGAAAUGAA